GUUGUUGUUUAUAAUAUCAAGUCUGUAUGGUAUGGUGUGCUGCUCUGGGGAAUGAGUAUGGUUUGAUGCGAUCAUGGUGCUGUGCUGGUGAUCCGUUUCGUGCAGCGAAGAAAACAAGUGAGAAUUGCGUGCACAACGCAUCUCUUUCAAGUUGUCAAAAAUACGAGGAAAUUGUGUAUUUUACUCUCGAAUUUUUCAGAGGCUUGAGCGACUUCGGCGUACGGCCGAACAUCGCACCGCGAAAAACGAGUAGCCCGAAUACAACGAGACAUUGAGCAGGAGAGACAAAAACGUCGGCUGCGAUACAGCAACCGAAUCACUGUUACAGCUGUUGCCACGAGAGCAACUGUUGGUAGUCGAAGCUCUCGGUGAAGAAUUGAAGAACGGAGCAGUCCGCUAUCCCAAACGCUACACCACGUCAACGUCAUUACGAGAGACGGACAAAAAACAAAUCCAUGUAUUGACGAAGGAACAAGGCUGGACAGGAUUAGCUAGUCAGAGACAGUCGACUAGCGGUUGUACGUUAACAACAACAGCGUGUGCGGUACUCAAGUGUUGGUUUGUGGCAGAGGAAAAGCCGAGGUGGACGGCGGUGCUUGUUGUGGAGAAAAAAUUCGACGUGAUCUGCAACGGUGUACGACGCUUCUGACAAAGAUUCGACGAUACGUGCUCCGAGCAGGGAAGACUAGCAGGUUUUCGGGGCGCUGAACUGCCGCUCAACCGCCCGCCCAUAAAAAGCUGUAACCAUCGUGAACAAUAACGGGCUGACUUGACCGCUACAAUAACAGCAGUAACAACAUUAUCAUAAGCAGUGUACGAAGCCGUAAGCUGCAGAAUCGACAACUAGUGUGUGCGUAUCCAGUUACUCGAAACUGUUUGCUAUUAUUAUUUUUCCGAUCUAGAGCUGCCGCUGUUGUCGUCGUCGUCGUUGCCGCCGCGUUAAAGUAGGUAGCGAGUACACGGUUUGUUGUCGUCAUUGUUGCGACGGGGUCUGAGAGCCAGUUGAAUCGUGAGUGAAUAACUCAGCGAGAUCAAGUUGUUUGGCGUGUGUCAGUCCAAUUGACGGGUUCUUGUUGCUUGCCCCAAAUCCUCAGACAAUCGCGUGGCAGUCCGUCGCAGGACAAACGAGAGUCGGCCGUCUGCCGCUUGCAGGUUUCCGCGGCAAGAAAGCGUCGAGUUGCCUUCGGGACUGUUAGCAAGCAGCCGUGGCACUGCCGAGUUCACUAAAUGUGCCUCCUUGGCGGACAGCACGUCAGAAGAGUCCGAGCCGUUGUGCUAUACUCAAAGUGCAGCCCAAUGAUCGACGUUCCGCGUUAGCCAACGAGGUGACGGGGGCGGUCAGGUGAAUGGUGGGUUAUUACUGUUUUUUGUAGCUCUAGGAGGAGACAGGGUCCCUCGGCCGCUCUAAUUUGUGUGUGUGUGUGUGUUUUGUUUAUUUGUUUCUUUGUUCUAUCGCCCGCCUAUGACCGGUUUAUCAACACCAUCGUCACCAUUUCGUGCGUACCGUGCGUCGUAUUUCUGAAUGCGUUGCCUACAGUGUGCUGCUUGUGUGUUUCCUUGCCUACUGAUCUAUCGCAAACAGCAUUUGGCACCCACGCAGCAACGGGUGACGAAGGCAAAAAUAAGAAAAUCCACCACGACCAACAAGUCGACAUACGCUGGCAGCGUACGACAGGCAACGGCGCCUUGUUGACGGCUCCGACGGCAAGAUUGACGAAGGCACUUGUGUUAGUGGAAGUCGCUAGUGGGUGUCGUUCUGUGCCACUAAGGAACUGCAACAGCGAGAGCGGCUUAUUGUGGAAACAACAACAAAUUGAAGAAAGGCGGCGGUUACGACGGUGCUCGUUGUGGGCAUUCACAGUUGUUGUUGUUCCACUAACGGAAACGCAGCAACGAGCUGGACGGACAACAGAAGGAGCAACGGUAAAUUACCAACAGAAACAAUAACAACUAUUUCCACGCCGAUACAAUAUAAACGACAUCAACUAAACAACAACAACAACAACAACAAGGGCAGCAGCAGCAACAGCAACAACAAAAAUGAGUGGUAACAACAGCAGCAUGGCCGGAAACGGUGCAGGUGGCAGUGGGCCACCGACCUCUGAAGCAGGCGCGGUUGUCGCUAGCAAUCAGGCUAAGGCGACACUCAACGUACAGGCCGAGAAACCCCUUCAUUAUACAUACUUGAAGGAGUUCCGGGUUGAGCAGUGUCCACAGUUUCUGCAGCACAAAUGUACACAGCACAAGCCAUUUACGUGCUUCCAUUGGCACUUCAUGAACCAGCGUCGACGAAGGCCAAUCCGAGACCCGAAAACCAAGACGUUUAAUUAUUCGCCAGACAUGUACUGCACGAAGUACGAUGAGACAACAGGAAUCUGCCCUGACGGAGAUGAGUGCCCGUUCCUUCAUCGGACCGCUGGCGACACGGAACGUCGAUACCAUCUUCGAUACUACAAGACGGGCAUAUGUGUGUACGAUACCGAUGGCCGAGGACACUGCGUUAAAAAUGGGCCACACUGUGCUUUUGCGCAUGGCCUACAUGAUCUCCGCAAUCCCGUAUACGACAUCCGCGAGAUUCAAGGGAAGAUUCUUAACGACGACGGCACGGAAGUCGAUGCCAACGGAGUUCUCGUGACAAAUUCGCUCGACAAGGAUCGAAAUGCAAUUAGUGAGGAUCCACGUUGGCAGGACACGAAUUACGUCCUGGGCAACUACAAAACCGAGGCCUGUAAGCGACCACCUCGCCUUUGCCGACAGGGAUACGCCUGCCCUCAAUACCAUAAUAGCCGAGAUAAACGAAGGCCCCCGCAAAAGUUUAAGUAUCGGAGCACACCUUGUCCUAACGUCAAGCAGGGCGAUGAGUGGGGUGAUCCAGCUAAUUGCGAGGGGGGCGACCAGUGUACUUACUGCCACACUCGUACGGAGCAGCAGUUUCAUCCCGAGAUUUACAAGUCGACGAAGUGUAAUGACAUGCAACAAACGUCAUUCUGUCCACGAGGACCAUUCUGCGCGUUCGCUCACGUCGACAAAGAAAUGAGCGUGGUGCGUGAAUUGGCCGCAGAGGCUGCUGGUGGAACGAAUCUAGCUUCGAUCCUCUCAAAUGUCUUGCCACCGGGACCGGCGAGCUCACCGAAUACCAGCACGAGUGCGGGUGGCGGUGGCCAGGGCAGCAACAAACCGCCGCACGAGAACGGUUCAACGCCUAAUUCAGCGCUCGAGCUGCAACAGCAACAACAACAUGGGUUUAAUAUGGGACCUAUUGGACGGCCCCGAUCAUACAGUACAUCCCACGCGGCCGCAGUUCAGCACCAUCUCCAGCUCAAGACCAUGGAGUCGGCUCUGCCUCACUGGAAAGCGCCUGGCUGCGAACGGGAAGAACAGGCAAUGCGCAAACAUCGGGCGAAGACGAUGGAUGGACCUCACGCCAAAGAUUGGCCCUCGUCACUGGCUGUCGGCUAUGGUUUUCCGAACACAGUUGAAUCCGUCGUUGGAAAGGCGCUGGAUGAGUUCGGCCUUGAAGAUAUCGACGUGGAGGCAUGUCUUGAUAAAGACCUCGUUGAGGAGUGCGCACAGCCUAAUCACAAUCUCAAUCAUGUCCACACCGGGCAUAAUCAUAAUCAUAAUCCUGUUGCGUCAUCGCUAAACCAGGGUCUCGUUAAUUCCGGCUUGAUCCCGCACCCGACGCCAAAUACUUCUGCGAGUCCUCACCAACUGCAGCAUCCGCAGCUGUCAGGCAACAACUCGCAACCCGUCAACAUUCCUGGCAGAGAAAGGCCUUCAUCUCCGCCAUCCUCGUUGGUGGGUAGUAUAGAUAAAAGUGCUGCAGCAUUUUAUGGAUCACCCUUCGCAGCUGGUUUUAGUGGUUACGCUGGUGGUGUCUCGGGUGCGCCCCCUUCGCCUUCCAGUCGGCUAUGGCCUGACUCCCAGCCUCCAGGAGCACCUGGAGUACCUGUCUCCGGAAACAACCUUAGUAACAUGAAUAGCAUGAAUUCAGGAGGCAUGUGGAAUGAUCCUCAGAUCCGAGCGAUGUGCGAGGCGUACAAGACCCAGGCCGAUGAGGCUAUCCGACGAGAGAAAAUUGCCGAGCAACAGCGCGACGAGGCAUUAACACAACUGCAGAAGUUGCAGAUGGAAAAUCAACAGCUCCAACAACAGCAGCAGUGCUCUACUUUGGGUCAAAUGGGUCUGCGACAGCUCGACCUCGAGCAUCUGACACCGCCGCAGCUCCGUGCCCUCCAGGAACAGCUGCGCUCAGAACUGGAUACCGUGGACAAAGUAAGCCAGCUGCAGCAAGAGCGACUGCGUAUGGCUCAGCAACUGGCGGUUGCCACAUCUCAGACUGGGUCACAGGGUGGAGGGCCACCUGGUAGCCAGCAGCGUCAUCUCGCCGAACGGGAUUACUGGGCAGGCCCACCGGGCAGGGGACACUGUUAGCUGGACACGUAAAUUUAUUCAACAUAGGAAUAUUACAACAACUAUAGAUAUACAUAUAUAAUAUAGUGAAACCAAACGAUAUUACCACCAACACGAUGCCAUGACAAGAAAAAAUGGUACAUGGAGAUGGGUUAGUUUUUUGUAGUAGUUGCUUGUAGAGCUCGUUUACUCGCUUUACGAUUUGCCUUAGCAGACGACAAUAACAAUUAUGACGACAACGGCAGUGGCGACUAUUAUAGUUUCAUUUACAUUUGCAGCGACAUUAACAGCGAUUCAACUAUAGGAACAUCGGCAGGGACAAACACAUCGCCUCGUUGGCAUUUCCUUCUUCUAAAAACUAACUAUAAACACAUAGUUAAGAAGUUAACACACUGCGCAAGUUUUUAGAAGGUCCACCGAGGUCAUUCUUAAUACAGACAGCCAAGUUAAAAUUUGUGCUGAUAAAACAAACAAGUCCAAACACUAAAAAGAAUUACGGAGUUAAGUACUGAAUUGUAAUUUAUCUGCUGCCAGAUGGAUGGGGCUGAACGAAUCGUGGAAUCUGGCAUGGGGAAAGAAACAGAUGC